CCAUCUUUUAAUUCCCAAAAAGAAAUUAGGAUUAACAAUUUAAGCUCAAAAAUAUAUCUUCUGCCCAAAUUCAACGCGUUGGAUUUUGUUGAGUCGUUAGAAUUAAUUAUCUAAGAUUAAAAAAUCGCUGAAAGCUGAACUCUGCUGAAGACUUUUCGAUCAAUUGAUCGUUUGAUUUUGUUUUUUCAAACUCCGGGAACAUCCUAUUUGAGACUCUGGACAAGAUCAAUAUCCCCUGUAAGCUACCUUCAAAUGGCCGAAAAAGCAUGUUUAAAGCGCCUCCAAAAGGAAUAUAGAGCCCUAUGUAAAGAACCUGUCUCCAAUGUCGUGGCACGUCCUCUGCCAAAUGACAUCCUUGAGUGGCGUGAGUAUUAUUUUACAGUAGCAUGUGGUUCCCCACCUCUUCCUGAACAUGUUCUUAAGCAUGAUUAUGUUUUGGAGGGAAGUCAAGGAACACCCUUUGCAGGUGGAUAUUACUAUGGAAAGAUAAAGUUUCCACCAGAGUACCCAUUCAAACCUCCGGGAAUCACCAUGACUACUCCAAAUGGACGCUUUAUGACACAAAAGAAAUUAUGCCUGUCCAUGAGUGACUUCCAUCCUGAGAGUUGGAACCCCAUGUGGUCUGUCUCAAGCAUACUGAAUGGCCUCCUUUCAUUCAUGAUGGACAAUAGUCCUACCACUGGCAGUGUCUCAAGUACAGACGCAGAGAAAAAGAGGCUUGCAAGUACUUCCCUGGCUUUUAAUUGUGAAAUCCCAACUUUUAAGAAACUAUUUCCAGAGUACCUGGAGAAAUACGAACAACAGUUAGCAACCGAGCAAUCUGCUGAUCAGGCAGCAAAAGAAUCCGUCAGGGAUGAAAGUUCCCGCCCCACAUUAAAGAAACGUGGAUCCCAGGUGGAUCCAAAUACUGUAGACGUCCCAAAAGAGGUAAAUAACCAGCAGAAACGCGGGUCUUUUCCUACCUGGUUGUCAGUGAUGCUCGUUUGCAUUUUCGCUGCUGUAAUGGCUCUACCCCUGCUUCAACUGUGAUGAUAUAUGGCCAUCUUGAAAGGGAUAUUUUGAGUGUGAUUUAGGUGUAAUAUAAGUAAGUCUUAAAUGUACCGAAACAGGACCUGUACAGUGGUCGUGCAAAUGAAGGAAAUAUGAUUUGAAUCCA